AUGUGGAAACAUUACAAAUUCGAUCCUCAUUCAAUUAAUUUAUUAUGUCAUACAGAUGAAAAAUUUAAUAAUUUUGAUACAUUAUUACAUUCCAAAUGGGAUCGCGCUCUUGCACAAGGAUAUUUUUGUUAUAAAAUGGAUCACCAUAUAAAAAAACGAAUACUUGAUGGUGAUCUUCAUUAUGUAAUCGAAUUAAAUCCUAAUCGAUUUGAAAAACGUCGAAUGCCAGAUCCAUUUGAAUAUGUCAAUACACCAUUUGAUAGAAGCAAAUUUAAUUUUAAUAAAAUUAAAGAUGAAGAAAUUCUUCUUUCUUUAGAUGAUGAACAACAGAUUGAUAAACAUUUAGUAAUAAUUAAUAAUUCACCUAUUCGUUUGUAUCAAGUAUUACUUGUAUCAAACCGUCAACUUGAACAACCACAAAUUUUAACGGUUGAUUGUCUUUUAUUCGGACUUCGUUUUGUUGCUUCAAGUGCUCAUCCAUUUAUCUAUAUUGGUUUUAAUUCCCUUUGUGGUUAUGCAUCAGUUAAUCAUCUUCAUCUUCAUGGAAUCUAUAUGCCCAAUCGUUUAUAUAUUCAAACUAUUAAAUGUUCACCAUUUCAUAUUAAUUCAAAUUGUUAUCUUUUUGAUUUAUUCGAUGUACAAGGAUUUGCUUUCGAAAUAAAACAUAUUGAUGAAUUUGAUAGAAUUGCUCGACAUAUUCAUACAAUAACAAAUUAUCUUGUUUCAUCUGAUAUUGCACAUAAUAUGGCGAUUAUGAAAGGUGAUUCAUUUUCAUCAUCAUUAGAACCAGUUAUACGUAUAUUUGUUUGGUUUCGUCAAUCGAAUAAAGGAGCGAAAACAUUUCAUCAAUGGAAUAUUGGUUGUUUAGAACUUUCGGGUUAUACGUUUCUUCAAUAUGAAGAAGUAUUUAAUGAUUCAACUGAAUUAAAAUUACGUCAAUCUAUAAAUGAAAUUGCUUUAUCAUACGAAGAACAAAAGAAGAUAAAAGAAGAUAUAACGUACAAAUCCUUUGUUUUUCUUACAGAUAUGUCUUUAUCAUUUAUUUUUCGUCGUGUAGCAUUGCUACAACAACCUCACAUUCAUUCAUUUUCUACAUCAGCUAUACUUUUUAAAGCUAAAAAUACAGGUGGUGGUCAACCGAAAGCAUCAAAACGUCUUUUAUCUGAUGCUGAUUUAUCAUCAUCAUCCAAUGAUUGGCCAUUAUUAAAAGCACAAUAUGAUAAAUUACUUGUUGAACUUCAUGAACUUUAUUCAAAACAAAUACAAUUACGAACAUCAUCAUUAGCAUUUGAAGAAUUAUCAGUUAUAUUACCACCGAAUAAUAAAGCACAUCAAUUAAAAGAAUUAACACAAAUAAUUCAAAAAUCUCCACAAAUGUUUAUGAUUGAUAUGACACGUCAUGCACAAUAUAUACCAAAUGUUCUUGAAGCUAUACAGAAAUCUGGUCUUAAUGUUAAUCCACAACAAGAUGGUACAACACUUUAUUUACCAACACCAAAAGUAACACGUGAACAUCGUGAAGAAUUAGCAAAAAAUGCAAAAAAAUUAGCUGAUCAAAUUAUUGUUAAAAUGCGUGAAGCUUAUUCAAAAGCACAUCGAAAUUUAAAAAAACAAGAAAAAACUUUAAGUCGUGAUUUAGUUGUUGAUAUAGAUACUAAUUUAAAACAUCGUCUUGAUGGUUAUAUUGCACAAGUUGAAAAUAUUCGUACAGAAAAACAAAAAGAAUUAUUAGAUUCAACUUUUUAA